CCACUGCUGUCAUGAGCCCAAGUCCAUACACUACAACCUUAAAAAGGCCCACCAUAGUCAAUGAAGUAGUUAAACCAAUAUUCAAGCCAAUUUUGAAUUCAGAAAACGGAAACAAAUUUAUGAACCAUCCGCAUCUCAAAAUUCUUCAAGUUCAUUCGGUCUCAUUAACAAAUUCUGAUGCGAUUACUUGUCCGCAAUGUUUUACACCACAAUCCGUUUUUUACGUAAUUGAUGAUGCAAAACAAGAACAAUCAAAGGAGUUUUAUGUUUGUAUGUCACAUAAUGACAGUGGAUGUGGGUGGCAAGGUGAUGAACAACCAAAUGAAGAUGAUACCAAGAAACUCAUAAAAGAUAAAAUUGGAUAUAUACCAUUGCGAUUAAAUUAG